GAAUCACUUCGUUGUCGGGCUCUCCAGCUAGCUCAUUAGCUGGUUAGCUUAAUCAACCAAAAAUACAGCUUUUACUGGAAAGCAGAGGCCCAGGGAUAUACAGUAGGCAUCAUGUUGGUCCCUAUAUUCACAUUGAAGCUGAACCACAAGAUUAACCCUCGCAUGGUGACUGUUGGGAAAUUUGAUGGAGUCCACCCAUGCCUCACUGCAGCAACACAGGCUGGAAAGGUUUUCAUCCAUAACCCUCACGCUCGUGGUCAGAGACCUGUUGCCCACCGACUGAGCCAGAGCACACAAGACUCUGACAUCUCACUCCUCAACAUUAACCAGGCAGUCACUUGUCUGACGGCUGGAACGCUUGGACCAAACUUGACAGGGGACACACUGUUGGUGGGCUCCCUGACCAACCUGCUGGCAUAUGAUGUCCAUGACAAUGCUGAUAUAUUCUACAGAGAGGUGACGGAUGGGGCCAAUGCUAUCGUGUUGGGAAAGCUCGGGGACAUCCCGAAUCCUCUUGCCAUCAUAGGCGGGAACUGCGCCUUACAAGGCUUUGACUAUGUGGGCAAUGAUCGCUUCUGGACAGUAACAGGAGAUAAUGUCAGAUCUCUGGUGCUCUGUGACUUCACUGGGGAUGGGAAAAAUGAGCUCCUGGUAGGAUCAGAUGAUUUUGACAUCAGGGUGUUCAAAGAGGAUGAGCUUGUGGCUGAAAUGACUGAAAAUGAGACUGUAACAUCACUGUGCUAUAUGCAUGGCAGCAGGUUUGGCUAUGCCCUGGCUAAUGGCACUGUGGGAGUUUAUGACCGCACCGCCCACUACUGGAGGAUUAAGUCUAAGAAUCAUGCAAUGAGCAUCCAUGCGUUUGACCUGAAUGCUGAUGGUGUGGUGGAGCUCAUCACUGGCUGGUCCAAUGGAAAGAUUGACGCUCGUAGCGAACGCACAGGCGAGGUCAUUUUCAAAGACAACUUCUCAUCUUCUGUGGCCGGAGUGGUGGAGGGGGACUACAGGUUGGAUGGACAGAAACAACUCAUCUGCACCUCCAUAGAGGGAGAGGUGCGAGGCUACCUGCCAGCGAGCAAAGACCUUAAAGGGAAUCUGAUGGACACCAGUGCUGAACAGGACCUCAUUAGAGAGCUCAGCCAACGCAGACAGAAUCUGUUGCUGGAGCUACGCAACUAUGAAGAGAAUGCCAAGGGUGUGUCAGAGACAAACAGUGGGGUGGGCGUCAUACCUGCCAACACUCAGCUCCAGACGGCGCUCUCGGUACGACCUGCUACAGAGACACAGAAGGCUCAUGUAGAGCUCAGCAUUUCAACACCAAAUGAAACCAUCAUCCGUGCAGUGCUCAUCUUCGCUGAGGGGAUAUUUGAGGGCGAGAGUCACGUCGUCCACCCCAGCGCCCAGAAUUUGUCCGGCUGUGUCCGAGUCCCCAUUGUCCCCCCAAAAGAUAUACCAGUGGAUCUGCACAUUAAAGCUUUUGUUGGAGGGAAAACUAGUACUCAAUUCCACGUGUUUGAAAUCACCCGUCAGCUGCCCCGUUUCUCCAUGUAUGACAUCACGGUCGACUCCUCGGCUGCAGAGCCCAGCGGAAGGGUCACCUUCAGCAUCAACGAUCGACCACAACGGGUGGUGAUGUGGCUGAAUCAGAACUUCUUGCUUCCUGAGGGAGUAGACAGUCCUGACAUCACGUUUAGUUCUCUAAGAGGAGGGGGACUGUUGUCCGUCAGUAUGGCCAGCAAUGGACAGAUCACUCUGAGAACUGAUGACAUCGACCUGGCAGGAGAUCUGGUCCAGUCACUGGCCUCCUUCCUCGCUAAAGAGGAUUUGUCGGCAGAAGCAGACUUCCCUGUAUACUUUGAGGAGCUACGCACUACACUCACUGAGGUGGAUGAGUUCCACUCUGUCCACCAGAAAUUGACUGCAACCAUGGCCGACCAUUCUAACUACAUCAGGAACAUGCUGGUGCAGGCAGAGGAUGCCCGCCUGAUGGGUGAGAUGAUUACAAUGAAGAAGCGUUACAGGGAGCUGUACGAUCUAAACAGAGAUCUGAUCAACGAGUAUAAAAUCCGCUCAAACAACCACAAUGCACUGUUGGCCUGCCUGAAGUCUGUCAACCAGGCCAUACAGCGAGCUGGUAGACUCAGAGUGGGUAAGCCCAAGAACCAAGUGAUCUCUGCCUGUCGAGACGCCAUCAAGAGCAACAACGUCAACGCACUGUUUAGGAUUAUGAGAGCUGGCACUGCAUCCUCCUGAGGGCAAAGGGAAGUGGAAUGCAGAAAAGGACAAUAGAUUGAAAGGACAAGAACAACGGAUGAGAGCUAUUAUGUUAACCUUUAUCAAUUCCAAGGUUGGACUGAGAUUAGUGGGAUGAGAACUACACAUGUAAAGGAACGCUGUUGUAGCCUUAAUCUAUCUUUAACCGUGAUUUAGGAAUAAGCAACAACCUGGCAGCAGUUUAGCUAAUGUCCAUUGAAUGUUCUCGAGAAGUUCCAGGUGACCCUGCACUUUUGUAAAAUAAAUGUUUUUCCAUGACGGUUUGUAGAAAUAUGCUGGAUCAGCCGCGAGCUGACACAGUGAUGUUUAGAGAGAGCACAGCUGGAGAGCAGCUUCCUCUCAGACAGAGCCCCGAACGCUCAGGCUCUCUGCUCCAAGCUGUUGAGUGUUUGUAGCCAAAGAAACCCAUUUUAAAAUAAUAGUUGACAAAGAGGACCAAUGCUGUGUGUUUACCUUUUGUAGAGAGAGAGAGAGAUUGUAAGUGUGUUUUUGUGGCAGAAAUUGUUAUUAAAUUAAUUAUGUUUUAAAAGA